AUGGUUGAUCCAGUUUAUAUUGUUGCCGCUACUAGAACGCCAUUAGGCUCCUUCCAAGGUUCUUUAUCCUCUCUUUCUGCUACCGAAUUAGGCUCUAUUGCAUUAAAAGGUGCUUUAGAAAGAGUUCCACAGCUGGAUCCAAAAAAAGAUUUUGAUGAAAUUUAUUUUGGUAAUGUCAUGUCCGCCAAUUUGGGUCAAGCUCCUGCUAGACAAGUUGCUUUAAAUGCUGGUAUUGGUAAUCACAUUGUCGAUGCCACCAUUAACAAGGUUUGUGCUUCUGGUAUGAAGGCUGUUAUCUUAGGUGCUCAAUCUAUCCUGUGUGGUAAUGCUGAUGUUGUUAUUGCAGGUGGUUGUGAAUCCAUGUCUAACGUUCCAUACUAUGUGCCAGCUGCCAGAAGUGGUGCUAAAUUUGGCGACGCUAAGUUAGUCGAUGGUUUACAAAGAGAUGGUCUUUGUGAUGCCUAUGACAAUUUAGCGAUGGGUGUUCAUGGUGAAAAGUGUGCUAAAGAUUGGGAAAUUGACCGUGAACAACAAGAUAAAUUUGCCAUUGAAUCAUAUCAAAAAGCUCAAAAGUCUCAAGCUGAAGGUAAAUUUAAAGCAGAAAUUAUCCCAGUUACCAUUAAAGGUAGAUAUGGUAAAAAAGAUAUAAUAGUGGACCAAGAUGAAGAACCAGCUAGAUUGAACAUUGACAAGUUGAAGAAUGCUAGAACUGUCUUCCAAAAAGAAAAUGGUACUUUAACUGCGGCUAACUCUUCUCCAAUUAAUGAUGGUGCUGCUGUGUUAAUUCUUGUUUCUGCUAAAAAACUUCAUGAAUUGAAUUUGAAACCAUUAGGUGUCAUCAAGGGUUGGGGUGAAGCUGCCCAUGAUCCAAAGGAUUUCACUUGGGCUCCAUCCUUAGCUGUUCCAAAGGCUCUUGCACACAGUAACGUCACUUUGAAUGAUAUAGAUUACUUCGAAUUUAAUGAAGCCUUCUCUGUCGUUGGUAUUGCCAACCCAAAGAUCUUAGAAUUAAAUGAAUUACAUAAGGUUAACGUUUAUGGUGGUGCUGUGGCAUUAGGUCAUCCAUUAGGUUGUUCUGGUGCUAGAAUCAUAGUCACUUUAUUAUCUAUAUUGAAUCAAGAAAGGGGUAAGCUUGGUGUUGCUGCUAUCUGUAACGGUGGUGGUGGUGCUUCUUCCAUUGUUAUUGAAAGAGUGUAA